UGAUUCGAGCAAAAAUAUCCAGCGAGAAGGUGGUUCCUGCCAGUGAUGAUCCUCUUGAUACCCACAAAAUGAUCCGGUAUGAAAUCAAACAAAUAAAGAUGUUUAAAGGAUUUGAAAAGGUCAAGGAUGUCCAGUAUGUCUAUACCCCUUUUGAUUCGUCCCUCUGUGGUGUGAAACUAGAAGCUAACAACAAAAAACAGUAUCUCUUGACAGGCCAAAUUUUAAAUGAUGGUAAAGUCUUCAUCCAUUUAUGCAACUACAUUGAACCAUGGGAUGAUUUAUCCUUGUCUCAAAAGAAGAGUCUUAAUCAGAGAUACCAAAUGGGCUGUGGCUGCAAAAUUACGACCUGCUACAUGGUGCCCUGUUCCAUCACUGCACCGAAUGAGUGCCUUUGGACAGACUGGCUGAUAGAAAGAAAGCUGUACGGGCACCAAGCCAAGCACUAUGCCUGCAUCAAGAGAAGUGAUGGCACUUGCAGCUGGUACCGAGGUGGUCCUCCCCCAGAGAAAGACUUUAUUGAUAUCGGCGAACCUUAAAGCCAUCCCUUUCUAGAAAGCCUUGGAGGCUAAUUCCAUCAAACACUGCACGCUCACAGCUUUGAACUGCCAUCGUCUAAUGUAUCUGUUGCUUAGAAACAAAAACAAAUUGUCCUGUACAGCUAAAGUACGAGUCUGUGGAAUUGGCACUCGCGCAAGAUGAGGAACAAAUCUCCUGGAGGUAGCUACUCUUGUAAAGUUACGCUUUGUACAGAGAGGCUCAAGCUGAGAAUGCUCCUCUGUGUCCUCUGAGGCACAACAAGUUUCCUUUUUACCAAUAUGAAUGUACAAGAACAAACGAAUUGCCAGAAUUUUGUCCCCUAUUUCUGUUAACUUACAGCAUAAGAGUGCCCCAUGUUUCAUUCCAGAUCUUUCUGAUGAACUACAGAAUGUUUCAUAGAACUAUUUUUUCCUGUAUGAAAGCCUUCUGAUACAAAAGAAUUAUUGUACAGUGUAUAUGUAAAGUGUUAUAACAAUGUGCUAUAAAAAAGAUUAAAAAAUCCCUCUAUCUUCUCAUCUGCUGAAACAAGUUGAACAAUUCUCUGAUUAAAACAAUCUGUG